GGGCUGAAUCGAGCAUUUUUGUCAUACAGUAACAGCACAAUCUAUGCCUUCGCUCUUCAUCCUUUCCUGUCUGUCCACCUUCUCUCCAUCUCUUUCCUCUCUCUCUCCCUCCAUCUUACUUUUUAUUUUUCCCUCUAUCCCUUCCUCUCCCCUCCUUAUCCCUGUCUCUCUUUCCUCUCUCUCUUUCCUCUCUCUCUCUUUCCUCUCUCUCUCUUUCUACCUCCCAUACCCUCUUUUCUUCCUUCGCUCUCACGAGUCCGCAGGAGUGAGAAUCCGGUGAUGGAGUUUGUGUGUCUCUGCUGCUCUGGGGCUGUGAGUGGACAGUGACAGACCCCAUGCCUCUGAGUCCGGCUGCUGACGCCAAGCAUGACCCCCCAGACCGCCCCCGAACACACGCCGCUACCAACGGCAACCAGCUCGCUUCCAACGUCGCCAGGGACGAUGGGGCAGAUAACCUUGACGACCCCCCUGGAAACAGUAUCGUCAUCCGCAUUGGAAUCCCUGACCUGCAACAGACAAAGUGUCUUCGGCUAGACCCAGAUGCAGCAGUGUGGAGCAGUAAGCAGCUGGUCCUGGUGACUCUGACCCAGAGCCUGGCGGACGUCCUGAACUACGGACUCUUCCAGCCAGCCUUCAACGGACGCGCUGGGAAGUUCUUAGACGAGGAACGCCUGCUGAAGGAGUACCCCCUCCCCCCAAUAACCCCCAUCCCCUACCUGGAGUUCCGUUACAAGAGGCGUGUCUACACUCAGAGUUAUGUGGAUGACAAGCAGCUAGCUAAGCUGCACACCAAGGCCAACCUGAAGAGGUUCAUGGAGUACGUGCACCAGAGGAACCUGGAGAAGGUGUCCAGGUUCCUGGAGAAGGGUCUGGACCCCAACUUCCACGAUGCAGACACUGGGGAGUGCCCCCUGACCCUGGCGGUUCAGCUGGAGACGUGCGCUGACCUCAUCAAGGUUCUGCGGAGCGGAGGAGCUCAUCUGGACUUCAGGACCAGAGAUGGCAUCACCGCCUUGCACAGAGCUGUGCUCUGCAGGAACGCCCUGGCUCUCACUACCCUGCUGGACCUGGGCGCGUCCCCGGACUACAAGGACAGCCGUGGCCUGACCCCGCUGUACCACAGCAGCAUGGUGGGAGGAGACCCGUACUGCUGUGAGCUGCUGCUGCAGGACCACGCACACAUAGGCAGCAGCGACGAGAACGGCUGGCAGGAGGUGCACCAGGCGUGUCGUCAUGGUAACGUGCAACACCUGGAGCACCUUCUGUUCUACGGAGCGGACAUGAGCUCCCAGAAUGCAUCAGGAAACACAGCACUGCACCUGUGUGCUCUCUACAAUCAGGAUGGCUGUGCAAGGGUUCUACUGUUCCGUGGAGCUAACAAAGACAUUAAAAACUACAACAACCAGACUGCCUUUCAGGUCGCCAUCAUAGCAGGGAACUUUGACUUGGCAGAGAUCAUCAAGAUCCACAAGACAUCUGACGUUGUGCCUUUCAGGGAGAGCCCGUCCUACACAAAGCGCCGGCGAGGAGGCGGAACGAGAGCUGCAGGGGGGAGUGGCCUGUCUUCUCCCCGCUCUCUGAUUCGCUCAGCCAGUGACAACGCCCUGGAGAGCCCCGCCUCCACGUCCCCUGGCCCCUCCCUCCACAGCCUGGAGACCACGCCCAGCCGCCCAGGAGCCGACUCACACAGCCUGCGCAGACACACACGCCGACUCAGCCCCAGUGGCAAGGUACAACAGGAGCCCAGCCCCCCCCCCUCCCCCCCCAGCCCGCGGAAGAAGAGGAGGCUGUACAGCGCGGUACCUGGACGCACCUUCAUAGUGACGCGCUCACACACACCCCAGGGCACCGGGGAGAUCAACCUGCACCGAGGGGAGAGGGUCAAAGUCCUGAGUAUAGGAGAGGGGGGGUUCUGGGAGGGCUCUGUGAAGGGCAGGACCGGAUGGUUCCCUGCUGACUGUGUAGAGGAGGUCCAGAUGAGGCAGUAUGACCCACGUCUAGAGACCAGAGAGGACCGCACCAAGAGGCUGUUCAGACACUACACUGUAGGAUCCUACGACAACUACAGCUCUUACAGCGACUAUGUGAUCGAGGAGAAGACUGCUGUGCUGCAGAAGAGAGACAGCGAAGGGUUUGGCUUUGUGCUACGAGGAGCUAAAGCCGAGACCCCCAUCGAGGAGUUUGCCCCCACCCCUGCGUUCCCUGCCCUGCAGUACCUGGAGUCUGUUGACCUGGAGGGCGUGGCCUGGAGGGCGGGGCUUAGGACUGGGGACUUCCUGAUUGAGGUGAACGGGGUGGAUGUGGUGAAGGUGGGCCACAGACAGGUGGUGAGUCUGAUCAGACAGGGGGGCAGUCAGCUGCUCAUGAAGGUGGUGUCUGUGUCCCGCAAACCUGACGCACACCUGCUGCGCAAGAAAGCCCCGCCCCCUCCCAGGAGAGCUCCCAGCACCUCCCUGACGCUGCGUUCCAAGUCCAUGACCGCCGAGCUGGAGGAGAUAGCAUCAGCCAGGAGGAGGAGAGUGGAGAAGUUGGAUGACAUGCUGGCGGGCACACAGGAAGUGGUCAUGAGAACCCGGCCCUCUGAGGCGGACUUCCGGGCAGCCACAGUGAAGCAGCGGCCCACCAGCCGGCGUAUCACCCAGGCAGAGAUCAACUCCCUGUUUGAGAGGCAGGGCAUGCCUGUGCCUGCAGGGUUGGAGAAGGUGACCAUGCAGCUGCCCAGAGGCAUGUCCAGGACCAAGUCUUUUGCUACUCUGUCUCCCCCUGCAGGCGCUCCAGAAGACGACAGGAUCUCUGCUCUGAUUGGAGAGAACCGGUUUCCGCGGAGCUCCUCCAUGACGGACAGCUUCAUUCCGCCCCCUCCCCAGACCGCGCCCCCUCCUCCCCCCUCCCCCUACUACCUGGAGUCCGGCCCUCCCCCCGCAUUUCUACCCCCUCCACCGCCCGUCCGGGGGGCGGAGCUAGCCCGCUCCAGCUUCAAACCGGGGGCGGAGCCUAGGCUGCACGAGGCCUGUGAUUCGCCCACGAGGAGCCACGCCCACGCAGAGCGCCAGAGGAAGGCGCGGUCCAUGAUCAUCCUCCAGGACUCCCCCGCCCUGCUGCCCCCCGGCCCCGCCCCCGACCCCGCCCCCGCCCCCCUGACCUCUCACCCCGUGCUGGAGCGUCGGAGGCGGGGCCGGCCGGUGGAGAACCCCUAUGCCAACGUGGGCCAGCAGGCUCCGCCCAGCAAGCCCCAACGCAGGAAGUCUCCACUGCUCAAACAGCUGCAGGUGGAGGAAGGGGGAGGAGCCAAUCCCAGCAGGGCGGAGCUAUACCAGCAGCAGGUGCUCUCUGAGCGAGCUCGAAUCCAGGCCACGCCCCCUCAGGGCCGACGCUCCUCCCUCUUCCUGUCUGUGGAGGGGGCGGGAUCAGAAUCCUCAGCUCCUAUUCUCCUGACCCAAUCACAUUCCAUGGACGACUUGGGGGAGCUGCCUCCACCAAUCCCGGUGCUGUCCCCUUCCCCCUCCCCCCAGGGCUCCACCUUCCUGCACCCGCUGACGGGCAAGCCCCUCGACCCCGCCUCCCCGCUGGCACUGGCGUUGGCGGCACGGGAACGAGCGCUCACCGCCCGCACACCGAGCCCAGAACCCCGUCACAAACGCACCACGCCCCCCCAGACAAGCCCCGAACCCCGGCACAAGCACAUAACCCCGCCCCUCUUCCUUGACGGGCAGGUGGAGAGACCGGAGACGGAGGGCGGGGCCACCUCCCCCGCCGCCCCCUCCCCCGAGCGCUGGAGGCCCUCCCCCCUGCCCCUGCCCAUCAGUCAGGUGACCAUCAGCGUGACCAGUGAGACCCAGGCGCCCGUGCACAUAGAGGCACAGCGUCAGGUGGAGAGGAGGCGGAGCCUAACAGUGGGGAGCUCGGAGGAAGAGGGCGGGGCCUACACCGUGACCCUGCCCCCCGCGCUGCUGUCGUCCAGUGACGAGGAGACGAGGGAGGAGCUUCGUAGGAUCGGGCUGGUGACUCCGCCCCCAGGCUUCACUGCGUCCCCGCCCCCCACCCUCUCUGCCUCCCUCAGCCUGUCUCCACGGCGAACCCAGCCUGGCGAGGUGGGGGGAGGCGGAGGGGAGUCGGCCCCGGACUCGGGGGUGGAGGAGGGGGAGGACAGGAGUGCCAGCGACCCCCACCUGGACACCCCCGCCCCCAGCCUCCCCCCGCUGCCCUCUCCAGAUCCCCCCCAGCCCCAGCCCAGCUCCUCCCCCAGCCCCGGGGGGCCCCCAGACCCCCAGGGCCUGAAGCCCCGGCUGCGCUCCCCUCUGGGCCGGGGGCGCUCCGCCCUCAGGGACCCCCUCCUCAAGCAGUCCUCCGACAGCGAGCUGCUGCCCUCCAGCGGCUCCAGCCCCGGCCGGCCGCCCCGCUACCUGUUCCAGCGCCGCUCCAAGCUGUGGGGGGGCGACACGGGUGAGAGGCGGCCCAGGCAGGGCAGCCCGGAGGAGGGGAGGCCCCAGGCCGUGGGGGGGCAGGGGCUGGAGCUGGCCUCAAGGCUGCAGCUGCUCAGUAAGGACACACACUCGCUGGGGGAGGAGCCUGCGCUGCUUGACCCUGGGAGGAGGUCGCCGGUGGGCGGGGCCAGAUGUGACCAGGACAAUGGAGACCGUAAAGCGUUGUUCAGCAGUUUGGGGGAGUUAAACACCAUAUCCCAGAGGGCUUAUGGCACCACCUUCACUGUCAGACCAGGAAGUCGCUACCCGGUGACGCGCCGCAGCCCCUCCCCCUCCUCUGAGAGGCCGGAGGCCCUGGGGCCUGGGAGGGGUUUUGGGAUAAGCCCCUCCCACCACCACCACCACCACCACCACACCAUCCUCAAGUCCUCCAGCCUCAGCCUGCCGUCCGAACCCAAGGAGGUCCGCUUCGUGAUGCGCAGCGCCAGCGCCCGUACACGCUCCCGUUCUCCUUCCCCCUCCCCCCACGCCUCCCCCUGCCCCUCUCCCGUCCUGGGGGGCCCCCUGCUGGCCCUCCGGCCGUGGCGCCAGCGCCCCCUGGCCCUGUGGAGUAAAUACGACGUGGGGGACUGGCUGGAGAGCGUGGGGCUGGCGGAGCACCGGGCUCGCUUCCAGGAGCACGAGAUCGAGGGCUCGCACCUGCCCGCCCUCACCAAGGAGGACUACGCUGAGCUGGGGGUCACACGCGUCGGGCACCGCAUGAACAUUGAGAGGGCGCUAAGGCAGCUGCUCGAGAGCUGAACCCCCUGAACCCCGACCCUUGAACCUGUUAACCGCUUACCCUAACUCCAUGAACCCUGACCUCAUAACCCACUGAACCCUGACCCAAAGAUCGUUGACCCCAUAACCUCCCCUGAAGCCUAACCCCUGACCUGCUAGCUCCAACAAGAUCCUGAACCUAGUUUAGACCCUGAUCCCAGUCUUGAGACUGGAACCCAGACCUACCCUGACCCCUGACCACAUCGCGUGGAGAAGGACUGCGAUCCAAAGACAGCUUCCUAAGGAGUCGAGUGUCGAGACAAGAAAAUACCUCCUCCAUCUCAAUAUCUCCAAUAGUUCAAUAUUUUACCAUUUAUAAAAAUCUACUUUUUAAUCUUUGACAUACUGGUUAAUGAGUGGAUAUGUUGAAAGUUGUGUUAACUCAUAAGUUGUAAAGUGUUAUGAAUAUGAAAGCAUAUUAACCCUCUGGAGUUUAAACACCCUCAUUUGAAUGACAGGGAGACUCUAGAACACUUAAUGUGAGUGUGUGUGUGUACAUUUGUGUGUGUAUGUCCGAAAGCCUGUUUUCCAAGGAGUGUGUUUUGUAUUUUGAGUCCUUUUCACCUGUUAUUGGGUCUCAACCUGCCAGCUCUGAACUGAGUUGUAGUACCACCUCCACACAGCAGGUGGCGCUGUGGGUCCAUCUGAACCCUCUCUUCCUCUGGUAGUGACGGACACUCAACGUUGACGACUUAAAGGUUUAAUGGAGAUUUAUUACUGAUUUAAUGUAGUUAUAGAUGAUUUUUGAACGUUUAUCAAAUAUUUAACUGAGAUUUUAUCAAAUCCUUCUCAAAGGUAUCAAUGAUUUCAUGACGAUUUAUUCAUGAUUUCAAUUUAAGAAUUUAACUACAAUUUAGUGAUUAUUUAAUGGCAAUUUUGGUUGUUUGUUGGUGGGUGUGUUCAUGCAGGCCGUGCCCCUCACAGCACCAGUCUGAGUCUUUAUGUAAGACUGAUGUGUUAUUGUUUUAGUACCAGCCUCAAGCAAUGCACACAACGCUGCUGACAGCCAUGAUUUCUAAUGUAAACAGUGAUGUAUGUCGAUACGUGGGCCAGUUUGUGCCCUGCGUAUCGCCCUGGCCAGAGGCUUCACUCUCUGGGAGGGUUGACCCUGCGUAUCGCCCUGGCCGGAGGCUUCCCUCUCUGGGAGGGUUGACCCUGCGUAUCGCCCUGGCUGGAGGCCUCCCUAUCUGGGAGGGUUUUGCACAGCAGUUGGUGCUAUAUCUCACUGAAGCCAUGUGUACAGACUUACACUAACCCCAACACAACCGGACACCUUCUAAUAACCCCAACACCUCCACCCUCCUAAACCACCCCUAACCCACCUCCACCCUCCUAAGCCACCCCUAACCCACCUCCACCUCCUUAAUUCCCCUGAACACUUCCAAGCCAACAAUAAACAACCAGAAACUUCCAAGCCAUACUGGACCAACCACCAAACGGACCCAACCCUCACCCUUCCAACCCUCACCCUUCCAACCCUCACCCUUCCAAACUCACCUUUCAUCCAAACAGAAAACAACCGCUGACUCAGUCAGAUAGUCCAAUCUCAACAUUUUAGUUUAUCUUGCCCAAUCAAAAGGUGUAAAACCCUAUACCUGAACGAGGUACCUGAACCUGGGCGAGGUGAUCCCUCCCCCAGCCUUCUGUGACCUGCUAGAGCUGGUCACUGUCACCUCCCUAACCAAUCAUAGUCAACCAAUCGGACAGGAACGGUUUAAUCAAACAAAUUAUUCAUUAGUCAAUCAAUCAAGAGUUACAUACACAUCAAUGUACUUUUUAACGAAACUAAAACUGGUGUGUGAUAUGGGUGAGGAUGCCGUCUAGCAGAGUGAAAGGACACUGUGAACAUAGUUAUCACAUGCAAUAAGCAGCAUCGCGUGUUCUCAUCUCUCCAGAACCGUCUACCGGCCUAGAGCACUCACGGUACCGACCCAGGUAGAAUAACAAACCUUGGCAACACCUUUCUCUCCCUCCACCUUCCUACCCCGACGGACAACUCUGAACACAAAAAUACCAGCACUGCAAAGCAGCCUGCCCCCGAAUGAACUCAAAAAUGAUAUAUUUACUAUUUUUGGUUUGUUAAUUUUUUAACCCCUCCCUUGACAAUCACAUCGGAAUGUAUCAAUUUAGAUGUUUGUUCAUUUCCGCUUCCUUUACUUCGAGCGCCCUCUGCCGAACGUAGGGAGUUAGUUAGAACAGCACGGUUGAUUGUAAACAUUCUAACCUGUUUUUCGAUCAGCUGAAAGUGACAACGAAGAUGAUAAUGAUGAUGAUGUGUGUGUGAAUGUCUUACUUUCGAUGAAUUUCCAUUAAUUCAGUCAAAUUACUUGUAUUUUAGGCAAAUAAAUACGUAUAGUUUCAGUGUGACGGUAAGCGCUUGGUGAUGGAAUAUCUGUUUUAUUCUUACUUGAGGUUCUUUUCCUCCAUAUUAAAGAGCCAUUUAUCCGCGUCCCGGGAAGCACAUCGCUUAGACCUGGUGUGUUCAACUGUGUGACAAACUUUCUAAUAAACUCAUAUUUACUAUCA